CCCCGAGGAGGCGCCGCCAGCCCCGCCCCUCCCGGCCCGGCAAGUGACGUGGCCGCGGCUCCCCAGCGGACGGGGUCACGUGGCGGCGGCGCCUGGUUGCCUUGACAGCGGCUGCGGCGGCUGCGGGGGCGGGGCGGAGGCGGGGCCGGGGGACCCCGCGCGACCGGCGGAAGGAGGGAGGGGGCCGUGCUCGGCGCCCCGGCCCCGGCCACUGGGCCACGGGCCACAGGCCACGCGGCCACGCAGCCCGGGCGGGAGCAGAGCCGGGCAGGGCGAGGGCAGCUCCGCGUUUCUGUGAAUUCUCCCCAAGGGAAGAGACGUCCCAGGGAUGGAAGUGCCUGGACGUGGUGCUCCUAGCUACGGAUGUGCGUGAGGAGAUGGGACCGAGAGCCCGAGCUGGCAUUCGUAUAAAUGACCUGCCUGGCUCCCACCAUGAGCGCUGAGCUCAACGUGCCUGUCGACCCCUCCACGCCUGCCUGCCCCGAGCCCGGCCACAAGGGCAUGGAUUACCGGGACUGGGUUCGCCGCAGCUACCUGGAACUGGUCACCUCCAACCACCACUCGGUGCAGGCCCUGUCAUGGAGGAAGCUCUACCUGAGCAGGGCCAAGCUGAAGGCCUCCAGCAGGACCUCCGCCCUCCUCUCUGGCUUCGCCAUGGUGGCCAUGGUGGAGGUGCAGCUGGAGACGCAGUACCAGUACCCGCGGCCACUGCUAAUUGCCUUCAGCGCCUGCACCACUGUGCUGGUGGCCGUGCACCUGUUCGCCCUCCUCAUCAGCACCUGCAUCCUGCCCAACGUGGAGGCCGUGAGCAACAUCCACAACCUGAACUCCAUCAGCGAGUCCCCGCACGAGCGCAUGCACCCCUACAUCGAGCUGGCCUGGGGCUUCUCCACCGUGCUCGGCAUCCUGCUCUUCCUGGCCGAGGUGGUGCUGCUCUGCUGGAUUAAGUUCCUCCCCGUGGACGCCCGGCGCCAGUCUGGUCCCCCGCCCAGCCCCGGCAGCCACACAGGCUGGCAGGCCGCCCUAGUGUCCACCAUCAUCAUGGUGCCCGUGGGCCUCAUCUUCGUGGUCUUCACCAUCCACUUCUACCGCUCCCUGGUGCGCCACAAAACGGAGCGCCACAACCGCGAGAUCGAGGAGCUGCACAAGCUCAAGGUGCAGCUGGACGGGCACGAGCGCAGCCUGCAGGUCGUGUGAGGGGCCGGCCCGGGGAGGGGUGCGGUGGGCCUAUGCCCUGGAGCCGCAUCGGCAGGCAUUUGUUAGAUACAGAGAUUUUGCAAGGCUGCCGGAUAGUUCAAGACCAAAGUUUUCCCAGGGCACUGUGCCUCAUGCCCGUCAUCCCAGCACUUUGGAGGCCGAGGCAGGCGGAUCAUGAGGUCAGGAGCUCGAGACCAUCCUGGCCAACAUGGUGAAACCCCGUCUCUACUAAAAACACAAAAAGUUAGCCAGGUGUGGUGGUGGGCACCUAUAGUCCCAGCUACUUGGGAGGCCGAGGCAGGAGAAUCGCUUGAACCCAGGAGGCGGAGAUUGCAGUGAGCCAGGAUGGCACCACUGCAGUCCAGCCUGGGGGACAGAGCAAGACUCCGUCUUAAAAAAAGAGACCAAAGUUUUCCUCUUGUCUUAAUGCCGUAAGAACUGGAUGACUUCUCUCCUAAGUUGGAGCCGUCUGGUUCAACGAGGGAUAGUGUUGCUAAGAGCAUAGGGGCAAAGCUACGCUGGUUCCUUGGCCUCGGGGUUGCCUGGGCCCCAGGCAGCAAGGGGACAGCCCGGGGGACUUCCUGUCUAGCCAAGGCCAUUGGCCUGGCCUGUGGGUAGUGGGGCCAGGGGUCGGCCCAGGCCAAAUGGGUGCCCUCCUUGUUAUGACACCGAGUGACUACAGGGGAGGCAAGACGCCUCCAGGCCUCUCAGCCGACACUGGGUCCGGGCCUACACAGUGACUGUGCCGUGCAGUGUGGGUCCUGGCCUUGUCCCUGAGGGCAUCUGGUAGACCUGAAGCCACGCUCCUGGGCUGCACACGCACACCGCAGCACUAGCUGCCCUGAGCUGCUUAUACAACCAACCUCCUUUACCCCCUCCUCCAGCUGUAACCUGGACGGCCACCCAUGCCUUGUCUUGUUCUCAUAAAUACUGGGGCCGGGCGCAGUGGCGCGUGCCUGUAAUCGCAACACUUUGGAAGGCCGAGGCGGGUGGAUCACCUGAGGUCAGGAAUUCGAGACCAGCUGGCCAACAUGGUGAAACCCUGUCUACUAAAAAUACAGAAAUUAGCUAGGCAUGGUGGCGGGUGCCUGUAAUCCCAGCUACUCGGGAGGCUGAGGCAGAAUUGCUUGAACCCAGGAAGUGGAGGUUGCAGUGAGCUGAGAUCAUGCCAUUGCACUCCUGCCUGGGCAACAAGAGUGGAAUUUGGUUAAAAAAAAAAAAUAGUCAGUGGGCUUCUUCAUGCUCCGAGCACAUCUCUUGUAAAAGCUGAAGCUCUCAGCAGGGUCUGGGUCGGCCGUGCUGUGGAAUUCUGGGUGGCCUGGUCGGGGUCUCUGGAAAUGUGACUGCCACGGAGAACAGAGACCCUGACACGCAGUCCCCUGUGCUGAGGGGCCCUUGGGGAGCCGCGCUGAGGGUCCCCACGAGAAAGCUGUGGCAUCCCCGGGGGCCAGAGCCCCAUGUCUUCUGAGAGGUGCAUCCUUUGUGUCCCCUGCACACAACUGUCUGUGACCCUUGCCCUCCAGCACAUCUGUACUUUCCAGCAGCCUGUAGAAACGCCUCUUACAGUUUUACCUCUUGUGUGUUUGCUUUGCUAAAGAAUGUCAAUAUCAGCCAGGCAAGGUGGCUCACGCCUGUCAUCUCAGCACUUUGGGAGGCCGAGGAGGGAGGAUCACUUGGGCCCAGGAGUGCGAGAUUAGCCUGGGCAACAUAGCAAGACCCCAUCGCUAAAAAAAAUUAUUUUAAAUUAGCCAGACUGGGCACAGUGGCACGCCUGUAAUCCUAUCACUUUGGGAGGCUGAGGCAGACAGAUCACUUGAGGUCAGCAGUUCAAGACCAGCCUUGGCAACAACAUGGUGAGACUGUCUCUAGUAAAAAUAAAAAAACUUAGUCAGGUAUGGUAGCGGGUACCUGUAAUCCCAGCUACUCGGGAGGUUGAGGCAGGAGAACUGCUUGAACCCAGGAGGCGGAGGUUGCAGUUAGCCAAGAUCAUGCCACUGUACUCCAGCCUGGGCAACAGAGCAAAACUCUGUCUCAAACAAUAAUAAUAAAUAAAAUAAAUUAGCCGGGCGUGAUGGUGCACACCUGUAGUUCCAGCUACUUGGGAGGUUGAGGUGGGAGGAUUGCUUGAGCCUGGGAAGUAAAGGCCGCAGUGAACUAUGAUUGUGCCACUGGCUAGGUGUGGUGGCACAUGCCUGUAAUCCCAACACUUUGGGAGGCCAAGGCAGGCAGAUAACUUGAGUUCAGGAGUUCGAGACCAGCCAGGCCAACAUGGUGAAACCCCGUCUCUACUAAAAAUACAAAAAAUUAGCCAGGCAUGGUGACACUCGCCUGUAGUUCCAGCUACUUGGGAGGCUAAGGCAGGAGAAUUGCUUGAACCCAGGAGGUGGAGAUUGCAGUGAGCCGAGAUCAUGCCACUGCACUCUAGCCUGGGUGACAGAGUGAGACCCCUGUCUCAAAAAAAAAAGCAUGUCAGCGUCCCUCCAAGGCAGUGGCUUUGGGUCCUGGCAGGGACAAGAUGAGCCAGCUAUUCUAAACCAGUGGCUCCCCCCGGCUGGGAGGGGCAGCUGCCCCUUACUCUGGCUUGACCCUUUUGGGAAGGGCCCUGCCGGGCCUUCUGCUGCCCACCUUCCUGGACCAUCUGUGUCCCUGCUCACCCAAUGCCACAUUCCUCAGACCGUGGAACACAUGUUCAGUGCCAUCUGGGGGCCAGUUACUGCACCUGGUCCCCAGGCAGAGCUCUUGGCCUGGCAGCAUCCAGACAGGUAUUAGGUGCCCAGUGAUGGUGGCAUGUGGGUGGGGACAGAGCCACAUCCAAGUCUAGCCCUCUGAUUAGGAGGAUGACAGUCUUGGAAUUUCUUGUUCUGUUUUGUUUUUUUUUUUAAAUUAUUUUUUUUCCUAUCAUUUUCACAGGCAAAGAAAGGCCUUGUUCUGUCUCUUCUAGAGUUCUUGUUAUCCAGCUCCAGGCUCUCUAGUUCAGAGGCAUGAGGCAAGCCCUUGCUGUGGGAAUACCAGCGACCAUGGGUAGGGCCGUGGGGCUGAGAGAGGAAACUGGGGUCGCCGCAGAGCGUGUGGGGAGAUGGAGGCUGAGCUGCAGUCGGAGGGCGAUGGGGAACGCCACUGCAGCCUAGAAAUUCGGUUUGCUGAGGUUUAGCCCGGCUUUGAAGAGUGUUUAAGAACAGAGGCCUGGCUGAGCGUGGUGGCUCACGCCUGUAAUCCCAGCGCUUUGGGAGGCCAAGGCAGGAGGCUCGCCUGAGGUCAGGAGUGGGAGAGCAGCCUGGCCAACAUGGUGAAACCCCGUCUCUACUAAAAAUAUAAAAAUUAGCUGGGCAUGGUGACACGCCUGUAAUCCCAGCUAGAUUAGGGAGGCUGAGGCAAGAGAAUCGCUGGAACCCAGGAGGCAGAGGUUGCAGUAAGCUGAGAUCAUGACACUGCACUCCAGCCUGGGUGACAGAGCGGGACUGUCUGAAAAAAAACAAAAAACAAAAACAGGGGCCUCUGCCUCAGUGUGCCCUGGAGCCAGCCGGGGCCUGUCCUAAUUUGGAGCACAUCCUUCCUGGUGCCUAGACAUGCCAAGGCCCCUCCCACGUGGGACACCCACUCCGUUUAGCAUCUGACCACAUGUUUCAAAACACCGCUGUUUCUGUUUUAGAAACUUGGAAGGCAGAACGUGUUUUAGCGUCUUCUAGGCGGGUCUGCUGAGGACCACUUAAGGCUGAGUGGAUGCAGGCUCACCUGCAGCCCCUUCCUGCCUCGUGCUGAUGAUCUGUGCAUGGCGUUCUGUAGGUCACCUGCGGCAAACUCAUCCACUGUCCUGUGUGCGGGCUUUUAAAACACUUGCCUUGGGUGAAACGGAAUAAACUCGUGAUGCUA